UGCGACGGAAACACGUCACUGCACAAAGCAUAGUGGUAAUUUGAGUUUUUCUGCUGCGCUGACGAACCACUGCCAGCUGUCAAAAUUAAUAGCAAGUAGCCUUCCUCCUGAUUCAUAUUUUACCCACAGUCUUGCUUCUGUCAGGUAGUAUGGGUCGUAGUUAUAUAGUAGAAGAUGCUGUGGAGGGAUAUCUGUCUAAACUAUGUGAACUACAAGCAGGUUCAAUCACAGGGCUGCUUAUUGGACAGAGCUCAACACAAAGGGAUUUUGUCGUCACAGCAACUCGGACGCCUCAAAAAGAGGAGUCUGCUGCUGCAGCUGGAAACUCUCCGGACAAGGAGUGGGUGAUUGAGCAUGCUCGACAGGUGUCUCGGAUGCUGCCCGGAGGCCUGUCUGUAUUGGGAGUCUUCAUCAUCACUGAUGCUGAUUCCAAGGACACACUUACCACAGUCCGACAGCUGGUUUUUGCAGUGGAGAACCUGAUCUCCUCGGAGCAUCUGUGGAACCCUGCAGACGAUGACGUCACAGACUGUGUCACACUGCACGUCAACCCCAAAACCAGAAAAACCUUCUGCAGAACCUUUGACGUCAAAGAUCCCAAGAGCAUGGCCAAGCCUGCGGACUGGAAGUACCAGUCAGGUGUGUGUUCUUCCUGGAGCAUGGUGUCGUGUUGUAUAAAUGUGAACAUGUUGGUACCACUACCAGACAACAGAACCGGUACAGAAAACAUGGAUACAAGUCUCAAGGAGGAACUAAAAGUGUGGGCACACCAGUUGGAGAGUGGAGUAUGUCUGAUCGAUGGAAAAAAGCUGGCAGAGGACACAGAGCUCACAGGCGGGCAGAAGAGGAACGUUAGACAGACGUACACAGCUCAGAUACUCAUCACACCGGAUGACCAGAGGUUAACAGAUGUGGUCCAGCGGUGUGGAGGCAGUGUGUCAGUCAGAGGAGCGAUCCACAGCAGAGCUUACCUGCACAGCAACAAACCAAAGGUCAAACUGGCCGAGAAGCUGCUGAAGAGGGACGUGGUUUCUACGGUGGCAACAAGGGUUCAGAUGCUGCUGGAGGAGCUGCUGACAUCAGAAGAGGAGAGCAAGGGCAGCAGCAGAGUAAAACAACAGACAGAGCAAUUCUGUCUCCCUCGUCGUAUCUUCUGCCCAGUAAAAGCGAGCGGGCCAGUGUGUGUGUGUGACUACGAGUUCAGCGAUGAGGGCCUGUCCGAGGUGACUGACCGGCUGAAGGAGAUGCUGGACAUCGAUGCAGGAGAGGAAGACUUGGAUACCAGGCAGGAAACGCCUGCUGAAAUCACAGAGAGAGAUGGUGCAGCAGUGCCUGCUGUGGAAACUGUUGAAGCGCUGGAGCCCAAGAGAAACAACUAUAUUGGUGUUGCCAUGGCUUCUGCUGUCGCCCUACUUGCCACUGCUGCCUCAAUGCUCUAUCUCAGUGACGUUUAAUACACACAUAUGCACACAACAAAAUAAAGUGUUUGUUUAUAACA